CGUUACUAUUUGUAUCUGUUCAUCAACCCAAACGUCAACCAGCUAUUGCUUGGGUUUAUUCUCAACUCAUACAACAUAUCAGGUCAGAUAAGGCUGCCCGCUCUUAAGCCAACGUCACUAUCCCAGCGAACAGCCUUUCCCUCCUCUGCCCCUCCCUCCUCUGCCCCUCAUAUCGGCGCAUUCGGAAAUCGCCAAGAUGGUCGCAGACCUCACCUACUACAAUGUCCUUGCGGUAAAGCCGGAGGCCACCGAGCUGGAGAUCAAGAAGGCAUACAGAAAGCUUGCCAUUAUACACCAUCCAGAUAAAAACCCCAGCGACGAGACUGCACACGCCAAAUUCCAAGCGAUCGGUGAAGCCUACCAAGUCCUCAGCGACCCCGACCUGAGGAGAUCGUACGAUAAAUUCGGAAAAGACCAUGCCCAGCCCAGUGAGGGCUUCACGGAUCCUGCCGAAUUUUUCGGAACGAUCUUUGGAGGAGACGCAUUCGUGGAUUUGAUUGGCGAAAUAUCACUUAUGAAGGAUCUCACGAAGACGAUGGACAUUACCAUGACAGGGGAAGCGGAGGGAGAGGACGAAGAUCAUGCUGCCGCGACUGAGGCAGCAGCCCAAGGGGGUGUUCCUGGAGAGAAAGUCCCGACAGACGAAAAGGCGGCUUCAUCUCCCCCACCUGCCGCAUCAGCAGCCGAUGCGACCGAACCUCAGACAGAGAAGGCAUACGCAUUCGAUCAUACCACCGGGAAACGCUACGAAACUGACCCCCUGACAGAGAAGCCAUUGUCGAACCCGACCUUACCUUCUGCGUCUGGCACAUCCACCCCAGGGAGAGGAAUACCAACACGGCCUGCGAUCAUGUCUAAGAGCGACUCUGAGGCGCAACUAGAUGCUGCUGGUAUAACUGAGGAGGAGAAGGAGCUUCGCAAGAAGGAGAAGAAGAAGGCUGGCUUGUCGAAAGAGCAACGUGAGCAGUUGGCGGAAUAUGAGAAGGAGCGCAUAAAUAUCCGCAAGGAGCGCGUAGAGACUCUGGCCAAGAAGAUGAUUGAUCGAAUCAGCAUCUGGACCGAGACCGACAAGGGAGACGAUGUGACCAAAGCAUUCCAGGAGAAGACGAGACUUGAGGUGGAGAACUUGAAGAUGGAAUCCUUCGGACUCGAUAUUCUGCACGCGAUAGGAGCUACCUACUUGUCAAAAGCUGGCGCUUUGUUAAAGUCACAGAAGUUCCUCGGAAUAGGGGGCUUCUUUUCGCGGCUGAAGGAUAAGGGAACCCUGGCAAAGGAUACCUGGAACACCAUUUCCAGUGCAAUCGACGCACAGAUGACCAUGGAGGAGAUGGCCAAGAUGGAGGAGAAGGGCGGAGAGGACUGGACAGAUGAGAGACGUGUUGAGUACGAGAGACGAGUGACUGGAAAGAUCCUCACCGCUGCGUGGCGCGGAAGCAAGUUCGAAAUCCAGGGUGUACUAAGAGACGUUUGUGACGAGGUCCUACACGACAAGAGGGUGCCGAUGUCGAAGCGUCUGGAGAGAGCCCAGGCUCUGGUUAUCAGUGGUGAAAUAUAUGCGAAGGCUAAGCGUGACCCCGAGGAGGAGGGUGAUUAUAUGGCAUUUGAACAAUUAGUUGCGGAAGCUGCAGCUAAGAAGGAGAAGAAGAAGGGCAAGGAUAAGAAGGCUGACGGCGCCAAGUCUCCCGUACCUAAGGAGGCUGAGGCUGCUGCCGCUGCUGCGGAUGCUCCAAACGUGCCAAAGUAAAGGGGAUGAGUAGAUAAUUUAGAAGUGAGACGUCAUUGAGAUAGCAAUGCAAUAAUGUCCGAGAGGAAAUACCCAUAAAGCUUUCCUGGAUAUCAAGGUUGCUUGGGGUUCUUAACAACCACAAUUUCAACUUGCAGUUUCGAAUUUUACAGCUACGUGAUUCAUGAAGUCGUACACUGCACAUCGAAAGCAAGGAUACAACCCCC